AUGGUCUGUGCCAACGCGGGCGUCGAACUCACCAAGGAUAAUCAAUUUAUCCGCCUUCGACACAGUUUCCAGGAGAGUAUGCAGGUCUUAGUAGAACUGGCUCCUUGGCUCAUCAGGGCUGGUCAUCGGAAGAGCGUAGAUACUGACGAUGGUGGCGAAUUUGCCUCCCCAGAGAAGCAGGCGGAAGCUCAUCAGGUGGUCAUCGAUGCCCUAAGGCUGAUAGGGCGAUCGCCCCACGAUGUCGUUCCGGAUGGCAAAGGCGACGCCCGCGUCCUGACGCUCUGCCUUGGGGCGACCGCCUUAGAAGAAGGUGCAGCCGCAACUCGCCUUAUUCAGUUGGCCUUGCUCGUAGAACCGGGUCUUACUGAGUGCAGCGAUGUCCACCUUGUAUCGCGCCAUUUCCCGAGCCACUAG